CGCAGGCGCAGAGGUAUGUUAUGACCCGUGUUUCGUAAGGUGGUUCGUUGUGUAAAGCAGGAUGGUGUCCACCUCUGCCUAGCUUUUAAAGUUAAUCUGACUGUUCCUGAUGCAGACCCCCUGCUGAUGAAGAAGUGAGAUGACGUCCACGAUGUUCCCCGCCGGCAGAUACUGGUUUCAUGCAGGGCGAUGUGUACGGGCCCUGAGAAGAUGCCCCCGUCUGGACCCCGGGGCCCUUGGAGUCCGGCCCACCGCCCGCCGCUGGGCCAGCAGCGACGCCCCCAAGAUCACCACCCACUACAGCAUCCACCCCCGGGACCAGGACCCCCGCUGGGAGGGGACGGAGAUGGAGCGCUUCGCGGACCAGGCGGACGUGGUGGUGGUGGGGGCGGGGCCCGCCGGCCUGGCCGCCGCCAUCCGGCUGAAGCAGCUGGCGCUGGCGGAGGAGCGGGAGGUGCGGGUGUGCGUGGUGGAGAAGGCGUCUCAGAUCGGAGCCCACACCCUCUCAGGGGCCUGUCUGGAGCCCAGCGCCCUCAACGAGCUGCUGCCCGACUGGAAGGAGAGAGGGGCCCCCCUCCACACUCCAGUAACUGAGGAUAUUUUCAGCAUCCUGACGGAGAAGCACAGGAUUCCGGUCCCCAUGUUGCCAGGUCUGCCCAUGAACAACCACGGGAACUACAUCGUGCGUCUGGGGAACCUGGUGCGCUGGCUGGGGGAGCAGGCGGAGGAGCUGGGGGUGGAGCUGUACCCGGGCUACGCCGCCGCAGAGGUUCUGUUCCAUGAAGACGGGAGCGUUAAAGGCAUCGCCACCAACGACGUGGGAAUCGCUAAGGACGGCUCUCCUAAGGACACCUUUGAGCGGGGCAUGGAGCUCCACGCCCAGGUCACUCUGUUCGGGGAGGGCUGCCACGGCCAUCUGGCCAAGCAGCUCUACCGGCACUUCAACCUGAGGCAGAACUGUGAGCCUCAGACCUACGCCAUCGGACUCAAGGAGGUGUGGGUGGUGCGUCCGGAGAAGUGGCGUCCGGGCCGGGUGGAGCACUCGGUGGGCUGGCCGCUCAACAGACACACCUACGGGGGCUCCUUUCUUUACCACCUCAACGAGGGCGAGCCGCUGGUGGCCCUUGGCUUCGUGGUGGGUCUUGACUACUCCAACCCCUACCUGAGUCCCUUCAGAGAGUUCCAGCGGUGGAAGCACCACCCGUUCGUUGCCCCCACCCUGGAGGGGGGCGAGCGCAUCGGCUACGGGGCGCGUGCCCUCAACGAGGGCGGGGUCCAGUCCAUCCCAGAGCUGACCUUCCCAGGAGGCAUCCUGAUUGGCUGCAGCCCUGGCUUCAUGAACGUCCCCAAGAUCAAAGGGACGCACACGGCCAUGAAGAGCGGCAUGCUGGCUGCCGAGGCCGUGUUUCCUCGGCUGGCCGUGCUGGAGGAGGACUCCGCCCCCUCCGCAGGUCUCCACGUCCCGGAGUACGCUGAGAGCCUGAAGGCGUCGUGGGUGUGGAAGGAGCUCCACGCGGUGAGGAACAUCCGGCCCUCCUUCCACAACUACCUGGGUCUGUACGGGGGCAUGGUCUACACCGGCAUCUUCUACUGGAUCCUGAGGGGCAAGGAACCCUGGACCCUGAAGCACUGUGGUCUGGACUCCGACCAGCUGAAGCCGGCCAAGGAGUGCACCCCCAUCGAGUACCCCCGGCCCGACGGCAAGCUGAGCUUCGACCUGCUAUCGUCGGUGGCCCUGAGCGGGACCAACCACGAGGGCGACCAGCCCGCCCACCUGACGCUGAGGGACGAUAGCGUGCCGGUGGAGCGCAACCUGGCCAUCUACGACGGGCCCGAGCAGCGCUUCUGCCCCGCAGGCGUGUACGAGUACGUCCCCACUGACGACGGCGCCGGGAUGCGGCUGCAGAUCAACGCCCAGAACUGCGUCCACUGCAAGACGUGCGACAUCAAGGACCCCAGCCAGAACAUCAACUGGGUGGUGCCGGAGGGCAGCGGAGGCCCCGCCUACAACGGGAUGUGAACCUUUUGAUUGGUCGAUGCUAACCAUGCCUACACAUGACCCCUGAGGAGGCGGAUUGGAGCCUCAGCAGGACUGUAAUAUAUUGCGUUGUUAAGAAGCAGAAGCGGAAUGAGGCUGAUGCUGAGGGUUUAUUUCACGAGUCCCUUUGGCGCGGAGAACACGUCAGUGAACUCAUGUAGAAAACAAUACAAUAGGGGAGGGCUGAACACCACAGGAAUAAAUUAAGCACCGCAGGUACACACCAGGUCAGACUCCUCCACAGGUGAAGAGGUUAACUUCACCUCUCCACAAAGAUGAAGGGGUGAAGUUCAGACACCUCCACGCAGGUGAAGGGGUGAAGUUCAGACACCUCCACGCAGGUGAAGGGGUGAAGUUCAGACUCCUCCACGCAGGUGAAGGGGUGAACUUCACCUCUCCACACAUGAAGGGGUGAGGUUCAGACACCUCCACGCAGUUGAAGGGGUGAGGUUCAUGCAAACAUCUUGGCAUAGAUCUUCUUCUCCUUCUCCUUCUCUUCCUUCACGCUGAUCUGGACUCUCUUCAUCUCGCCCGCGAUCGCUGAAAAACACAAAGGAGGCGUUUCAUUGGUUGCUCAAUCCCUGCGCUCCACUUUUUCACAGGAAGUUUUCUGAGUAUAAACCGAUUCAGCAUUGUACCUUCCACCAGCGCCUAUUCUGAGUGUGGUUCUCUUACGGUGACAGUAAUGUAUGGUUGGUUCCACUUACUGUCUACCUUUUAUUUUUUUCAGUACUAGUUAAUUUAUAAUCAAUAAUUAUAAUGAGUCAUGUUAUGGUAUCGGAUCGGCACCUAGACGUGCGUACUCACCGAUACCCGAUAUGGCAUUUUAGGCGGAUUAAGAGGCAUAUCCGAAACUGGUAUCUGUACCAGAUCCACUCUAGUUUAGACUUCCUCUUGGAGUCCAUGUAAAGAUCUGAAGGUUAACAUGUGAUAUGAAACCAUUUCUGCAUUAAAAUAUCUCAAAUGUUGUUUUGGUUUUGUUCAGUACUUGUUUCCAACAAUGAUCAUACCCAGAGAACUUAAGGCUUAAUACACCGUAACUUAAUAACCCUUAACACCGAGAACCUGAUGUCUAGAUCCACAAGUGUCCCCACAGACCUUACCUGGGUGUUAUGAGGUAUUCCCAGUGGGUACCUCUGAAUGUUAUGAGGUAUUCCCAGUGGGUCCUCCUGGGUAUUAUGAGGUAUUCCCAGUUGGUACCUCUGUCUGGAUAUUAUAUGGUAUUCCCAGUGGGUACCUCUGGGUAUUUUACGGUCAGUAACUCUGAAUGCAUCAAGGUUUCACAGUGACCUAUUUGCAGCUCUCAAAGGUUUGGUGCUGGAGUUCCCAUAGGGGGCGCUACAGCUCCCGGUGCAAGUUAAAGAAGCCCCAGGAUGGAUUUAAACUCUAAACUUGGUGACAUGUCUUAUCUGACAUGUUGAACAUGUCCGCCUAUUGGACCCCAAAUGUCCAUCAGGCUGUUCUUUCAAAUAACUAACUUCUGAAGUUCUGAAGAACCGAAGCGCUUAUGUGCCUGAUCUACAGACCGAUUCAAAUUCCAAGGAAUGAAAAAAGAAAAAAACUGACCUGAAGACCGCUUUAACUGGUACAAACAGGAUUUCUGCCAGGUUUACCUCUGAACGGCGAUGAUCCCACACUUCUUCAGGAGCUCAUCAAACCAGGUCUUACUGUUUGGAUUAGUUCUACCUGAGCACUCUGAGCACCUUUCAAACAAGACUGAAGACUUUUAUGUUUGCUUUAGCUUUCUGCUAAAUCUUAAAUACAUUGCACUUUCUAAAAAGCUUCUUUAACUUUGCCUUUAUUUUCUAUUUUAAUACUAAAAUGCUUUUUUAACUUUCUAUUUACCCAUUUCUUUGCAUAUGUUUUGUUUUAUUUUAUUGUAUGACAAUGUUUAUAUGUGAAGCACUUUGAGUCUGCCUUGUGUAUGAAAAGUGCUAUAUAAAUAAGUUGCCUGGCAUUGCCUUGCCUACUUCUCAGGACUCAGCAGAAGGGGAUCUCUAACGAGCGGUGUGGUAACGGCCUCAUAGGGCUUCAUGAGGCUAAGAAACACUAGCAGCUCUCUGGGGGCUAGUCCCAGGGAUG